AUGUCAGGCUCAGUGGUGUUCAACACUUCUAUGGGGAAAAUCACUUUCGAGUUAUAUUGGGAUCAUGCGCCAAAAACAUGUGAAAACUUUUACGAACUGUGCAAGGUGGUGAUCCAACCGGAACCGGUCGAGGAGGCUCAUCAAUCUACGGGUGAGGUCAUCGUAAGAUUCUCGGGAGUUCCCAUCAUGUUCGAUCUCAUCAUUAAUCAAAAUAGGGAGAAAUUUGAGGACGAAAUUAAUCCAGAGUUGAAGCACACAGGCGCGGGAAUUUUGAGUAUGGCUAACUCUGGCCCAAACACCAAUGGUAGCCAGCUGGCCAUGGCCAAACCGCAUCAUGUGGGACGAUACAUUUGGUUCGGAUCGAGUCCGGCAGUGUCUUUUGUUUACACCGGUUCAAAACUUCUUUUAAAAACCAAAAAUUAUUUUGGCCCCAAACUAUUAUCAUGUCCUGGCAAUGACUAUCGAGCCAUUUUCGUGAUGGACGUGGUUAACGCCAAGACUCACGGUAACGUUUUUAUUGUCGGAGCGGAAGAGGCGAUUCUUCCAAAAUACCUGAUAAUCUAUAACGUGAAAUUCAAAUCAAACGAAAAAUUUUGCUAA